GUCGAAACAGUUUGAUCUACCGAGCUGGGGGAACACUCGCAAUUGGAGAAAAACAGUCCGUUAGUAUAGUUAAGUUCGUUUAUAAAAAUAAGCGUUCUGGGAUGUUCAGAAAGUCAGUUUUGAUAUCUUUAACGCUGUAGGAAUGAUUGUACAAGUUCGUGCUUAGAAACUAGUGAUUUUCAUCUUGUUUUCAGGCGUUUAUUUGAUAAGGGAUUUCUCAUUUCCCACAUUCGCUUAAAAUUGUAUGAUUGAAACAUUGUAAAAAACAAAAACUUCAACAUUGAUGACAUGAAAAAAUAACCGGGAGCGAAAUCACAAAUGCGAAGUCUAAGUUCAGGUCUUUUGAAAGUGACCCCCUGGAGUACUAGUUCUUCCGGUCAUUUUGCAAAGUCAGAAACAAGAACUUCCCGAAGGAGAUAAAUGCGCUGUAUUUGAACACCAACGGUUUAUAGGACUUAAACGAGUACAUUAAUUAAUGAACUACAAAUAAAGAUAAGGAAAGCAUGGAUAAUAUUUCAAACUGAGAAACAAUACACCUUAACCAGAGAGUGAUUAAUACUGAUUAAUUUGUGAUUAACGUAAAAUAUUUGGAUAAUGCAACUCGAUAUUAGGAUUAGAAAACAUAACCCAGAGUGGAAAUACAACAGCAUAGAAGCAGAAGGUUAAUUUGCGAAGCACUCUGACUUGUCUAACAGCAGCAUUACAUAAAUGCGAGUUGGAAGAUUUGGUGAAAGGCGCGCAUUUCCUAAAUAAUAUGACAGCAGGUAAUAAAAUGUAGUUACAAAGACAAACAUCGAAGCACACGUCUUAGAAAAGUCACACCCGGGGUCACACCAAGGAACAAUAUGGACUUAAUACAUUUUAGCGUUACCUAUAAAUUGUAAAAUUAGGGUACCGCACUUCGAUUUUUACAAUGGACAAUGUAGACACUGACCUUUCACAUCUUGAAUUGAGUGAUUCUAUCGAUGAUGAUUUUGGUAUACAACAAGCAUAUGGAGGGAGACAACAUGGGCCGUUCUAUAUGCCAUACCUUGCCCGUGCAAGACAGAGAUCAAACACAUUCUCUACGCUUCCCUCUCCAAGGCCGGCCCCAAAGGCAAGGCGCGGGCUUGACCAACACUCCCCUCCACCCCAAAAGGCAUUUGCAUGUCGCCCCCAUAGGACCCAACUAUCACCUACAUUUGAAACGGACUAUAGCUUGGAAAUGCGUCCGAGAACACUCAGUAUGCCAAAUAAACAAAAUCGUCCAAACUUUCUGGAUAUAACUCAAAAUUAUGAUACUGCUGAAAAAGAUGUUGAAUCGAGUGAUGUAACAAAUCAAAAAGAGGAUGAUACUUCUGAAGACAUUGAUGAAGUAUAUAGAGUUAGAACAUUUACAACUACGUCAAAGGGAAACAUUCUCUCGAGUGGUGAUGCUUUUAGAAGAAGGAGCUCGAGCUCUGUAUCUGCUGAUAGUGGUCACAUGUCAGACGAUUUCCGUGGACGUUCAUCAAGUUCCGGUUCGAAUUCCCGCCAAGAUUCAUUAGCAGACGGCACCUUCAGACGUACUAAAUAUGCUCAAGGUCCAAUGCUGGAAGAAUUCAGACGACGGACUUCAAGCGGGGCUUCCUCAGGUUACAAACUGCCUUUCCGAAGGAGAACCUCAAGUUCUACUUCUCGUGGCUCUCACUCGAGUGGGUACCUCUCCGCAGACGACUUCCGGAACAGAACGAGCAGCAACGCCAGCAGUUGCUCCUCCGGUGCGGUGUUCUCAGAUGUCCCUUUAACCUCGUUCAAAGUGAUCGUUCUUGGUGCACCGGGCACCGGCAAAAGUGCACUUAUCAAUCAGUUUAUGACAUCUGAGUACAUGGAUGGAUUUAACUUCGACACAGAAUCUGGUUCUUCGCAGACUGUCAGUGUGCUGCUGGACGGCGCCGAGUCUUUGUUGGAGUUCCAGGAGAGCGAGGACGAUAGGUACUUUGACGCCUCCGAGGAAAAAGCAGACGCGUAUAUCGUCACGUUCUCUAUGACGGACCGUGAUUCGUACCAUCACGCUAUAGAUGUCCUCUACCACCUACGGGAGGAACACUAUACCCCCGCAGUAGUCAUCCUCGUGGGCAACAAGACUGAUAUCGUCCGACAAAGGCAGAUUCUGGUCGAAGAGGGGAAGUCCACGUCAAAGACCUACGACUGUACAUAUACCGAGAUAUCCGCUGCACUCAACCACAAAGUGGACGACCUCCUUGUCAGUACAUUGGCUCACAUUAGAAACAAAUUAAAGCCAAAGGAUGAAACAUCUAGGAAGAAAUCUGUCAAUAAAAUGGCUAAAGGGAUAAUCAGUAAAAUACAAUCGCAUCUUUUUGUUAAAAGCGAAGAGAAGGAACGUUCCGAUCGGUCCCCAAGACACGAUCGGUCCCCAAGACAUGAUCGAUCCCCAAGACAUGAUCGAUCGCCUCGUCAUGGUUCGUCACCUCGUCAAAGUUCGUCGUCCUCUCCACGUCAUGGAUCGUCAUCCUCUCACCAGGGGUCUCCACUGCAUUACAAAUCCUCUCCACGUCACGCUUCAUCCUCGUUCUGGGAGCGAUCAGACGACUCAACUCCUGUUUAUGACGAUACGCUACAAUGAUUAAAGUACAAUAACUACAAAGCAAUAGUGUGAAAACGUGCUUGUAACACUAAAGAUUGCUUCUAACACCCCAUAGUGAAGGGACAAUAAGAAGCGAUUUUCAAAUCAUUGUACAGUAAAAGCAUUUUAUGUGGAAAACCCUUGAAAAUGAAACCAUGGUCUUUCUAUGAUGAAACUAAGUCAUAUAACUUAAAUAUACCCAUUAAUUACAAAGUGGAACACUUUUGAGGUACAAGAGGCGUUCCACUUGGGCAGGUUUUAUUGGUAAUUCAUUUGUAAUGGGAGAUCAAAUACCAUGCCAUUCUCAGCUCUUUGUUCAAAGAUACUUCCCAAGCUACAUGUAUUCCAUAUACCGUACCUGCCAAAUAUUGCCAAAUAUAUAUUCUAAGUAUGAACAGUUCAAGUACAGGAUGUAUAGAUUUUGUUCUGAAAUGCAAAACAAUCAAAAUGUACUGAGAUUUACAAAACAAUUAGUAUUCUAAGUACAAUGUUUUACGUACCUGAGAGCAUUUUAUAUCAAACUACCUCGUUGCAAUGCAUUUAUAUCAAACUACCUCGUUACAAUGCAUUUACACCAAACUACCUCACUGCAAUACAUUUGUAACACAAUACUGUAUAGCCCCAUUGCCCCAUUGUAAACUAUUUCAUUGCUAUGUAUUUACAUCAAAUUGCUUUGUUGUAAUGCAUUAUAUACCUUAUUGCAACCCAUAUAGAUAAACCUACCUCAUUGCAAUACAUUUACAUCAACUCACCUCAUAGUAGUGAUUUUAAAUAUAAAAUCACCUUGUUACAAGGUACUUUGUGUCAACCUACCUUAUUGCAAUGUAUUUAUAUCAAACUACCUCAUUGCAUUGCAUUAGUAAUUACAUUCAUUGCAUUUUGUAAAUAUAUACCUUGCUGUAUCCCAUGUCACAUUUAAUAGAAUGAAGUUUUGUAUAAUAAAUGUGUAUAAUGCAAUUUAAGGGUGUACUAAAUAUAA